CAAGAGCGGUCAAAACCGCCCGUUGACUGCGCCCAUGUAAUACAAUUUCGCCGCUCCACCACUCCCUCUUCCUAUCUUUUCUCUAUAUAACGAUCGCCACCUUCUCCUGUCCGUUGUAUCCAUCCAACCCUUUCUCUUGAUCCAGAGGGGACGUGUUCUCCAGGAGGCAAAGAAGGGAAGAAAAAAUUUCGGCCAUGGCUCCAAGGGAGAAGGCUGCCGGCACCGCCGGCGGGAGAGGCGGAGAAGGAAAGGAGGUACACUUCCGGGGGGUGAGGAAGCGGCCAUGGGGGCGGUACGCGGCGGAGAUACGGGACCCAGGGAAGAAGAGCCGUGUCUGGCUCGGGACCUUCGACACGGCCGAGGAGGCCGCCAGGGCCUACGACGCCGCCGCCCGCGACUUCCGCGGCCCCAAGGCCAAGACCAAUUUCCCCUUCCCUGCCCCCUGCCCCAACCCCAGCUACCCUGUCCCCGCCGCCGCUGGCCGCGGCGCGACUCCUAGCAGCCAGAGCAGCAGCACCGUCGAGUCCUCCAGCCGGGAAACGGCCGCCCCCUCCCGCCCGGACCCUCGUUUCCCCUUCCAGCACUACCCUGUUGCCCCCGCGGCGGCGGCACAACCGUUCCUGUAUUUCGAUGCGAUGGUCAGAUCAGAGAAGGAAGAGGCUAGCGGCCGCUGCCUGAUCCUCGAUCGGCCAGUGAUCUUUACGGAUUUCCGACGGCCGGUUUGCAAUGGCGGCGUCCAGAGCGACUCAGAUUCAUCCUCCGUUGUGGAUUUGCCCCAUCCAUCGCCGCCGCCGAAGAGGCUUCCCUUUGAUUUGGAUCUCAACCUCCCGCCGCCGGAGGUCGCCUGAUCUGUUGCCCGGACCUAGGCGCUGGAUAAAUUUCCAGCGAAGCUAUUUAUUUAUUUUUUUAAGGUUUUUAAUUAGAAGUAAUUAAAAAUACAAUAGAGUGUGUAAUAAUUAACCAACGGGUUUGUUUGCACUGAGAAAUUUGGGGAUCUGGGGCGAUAGAUGGGAGAUCCAACUCAGUGUUGUAACCUAACAAUGAUCAGUUUCUUUUUGAUUGAUGAAAGUACUUGUUCAUGCUUUUGGGACCGUUAAUCAAAUUGAAAUAGUUACUUGUUAUCUUAAUCUUCUUCAAAUAUAAUUUGUAUUUACCUAAGAGUUCA